AUGGCUUCCAGGGUCCCCGCCACCUGGGAUGACUACGAACGCGGCGCCUCGCCACGCUCCGUGAGCAUCGACUCCAACGCCGUCGCCGAGGACCAGUCGCUCCUCGACGACGGCGACCAGGACUACCAGAACGAUGAGCACAGGGACAGCGAGACAGGGGGCCUGCGCCGCCGCCGCCGACGCUCCUCCGUCACGCGACACCUCGCCGCCGUCGCCGACCUGGGCGGCGUCAACAGCAUACGUUCCUUCACCCGCAGCUGGGCCCGUGCCGCCGGCUUCGCAGAGGUCAUCCCCCAGCGCCCCUC